UCAAUCCAAGUCAACCAAUGGGACCAACUCACUGUGACUCGAAGUGGACACAAUCAGCAUCGGAUUGCCAGGAGCAGCAGCAGCAGCUACAGUCGCAGCAGCCACUGCAGGAGGAGGCGGAGAAGCUGGCAUCAUAGGAGCAGCAACGUCUGCAGCAGCUGCGCUAGGUGACGGCGUCUCCGUCACCGGCUCGUCAAGGAUGUCGAGCCGCAAGCCAGGAACCGCAGCCACAACGGGUGCCGUCCCCAAGGCGGACACCCCAACCGCAGCCGUCCUAGAGGACACUGCGAAUACCUCAGCCACUGUGAUCCUGCCAGCCAACAGCGAGGAACAGUCUUCAAGAACUGGCGAGGAGCAAGCCAGAGCCGGCACCACAUCCCCCUCUUCCGAGCAGAAGGAUGGAGAAGGGGAAAGAGAGAAGGCAGGAGAGCCGGAACAGUCCAGCGGGGAUGCGAAUACGAAUACGAAUGUGGACCGGGGCCAGUCUUCCCCCGCCCCAACCACAGAGGGGGUGGUGGUCCCCAACAAAGCCACCCACGCCCACGAUUGUCAGCGAUGGACUGGGUAGCAAGAGUGUGCGAAUCACACGUCUCUCGUCGCCGCUCUUGCUGCUCAGCUCGCCCACAUCCACAACCGCGAGGCAUCGGGAGGCCAGCGAAGAUGGCGAAGAGCAGCCGCCGCCGUCGGGUACGUCGUCGGGGCAGUCGUCGGGCAGUCAGAGGAAGAGCUCGGUGGAGCGCUCGGUUGUUGCCCCCGUCAUUCGCGGACGCAAGUCCAUUAAGGAUCUGAAAGAAGCCAAAGAAGCCAUCGCCAAGCUCGAGGAUGGGCCUGGAUCGGGGCCAGUGCAAGUCAAAGAGGAGGCCAUCGACGGCAGCGAACUGGAAUCCCUGCCAGCAGCCGAUGAAAAAGACAACAAAGACACAAAAGACAAGGACAAAGAGAAGGACAAGGAAAAGGAAAAGGAUAAAGAGCUGCCACCUACGCCAACCUGCAACCGUGUCACCCGCAAGUCACACGCCCAGGAGCAGGCCAACAACACACGCGUUACGCGCAAUCGUCGCCAAUCCUCGACGGUCGCCUCCUGCGAACAGCAGCAGCAGCAGCUGCCGCCCGCACGCGGCCGCCGUCUCAGGAAGCCCCAGGCGGUGGUCCCCCCGCCCCUGGAGCCUGCCAGCAAGCGGAAGCGUUCCGAGGACGACGCUGAAAGUGCGACAAAGUACAGCAAAAUUGAGGUGAAGCCGCCGCCGCAACCCGAAGACGAGACCGACGACGCCGUGGACGCCGGCGAGGAGCCAUCAAAGGGCGCUGUGCUGAUAAAGCAGGAGCCCCCAGACAGGGAUACAAUCUCUCCAGCGACCACACCCGUCCCCGCCCCCGCCGCUCCAACACCAACCUCAGGAGGACGACGCGGACGUGGCCGACCACAGACUAAGAAUGCCGGAGCAGCAGGGGUCGCAGCAGCAGCAGCAGCAGUUGCCACAGCCGUUGCCGCGUCCACCAGCACGCGGGCCACACGUCUGAGCAAGGCGGGAUCGCCGGGUGGAAUGGGAAUGGCCGUUGCUGCUGAGCCGCUGAUGGCCAAGCGGCGACGGGUGGGCUCCACCACACGGAAGACUGCAUCGGCCAGCUCGCUGGCCACCAGCUCCCAUGGCGGUGGGGACGAGGACUCCAAGGACAGCAUGGCCUCGUCCAUGGACGAUCUGCUGCUGGCCGCCGCUGACAUCAAGCUGGAGAAGCAGACGCCGGACUUUGAUGAGAGCCUGCUCCUGCCAGUGGAUCCUGUGGUGGGGUUGCUGAAGGACGCACAGACGGCCAUGGAGGAUGAGGGCUCCACCACCAGCGGAGGGGCCAACGGUCAUUCCUCAGCCUCCUGCAUUGAACCGCUCACCGUAGACGCCGAUCCGGCGGAUGCUGAUAAGAUCAAGCAGAAGGAGUCGCCCCAGGAGUCGACGGAAUUGCCAGAGUCCGAGUCGGAGUCUGCCUCCGGGUCCGUCUGCGCAUCCGGAGAGGCUGGCAAGGCGUCGUCCCUCAGUCCCGACAUGAUUAGCGUCAAGUUUUACAAGAAGUUCCUGGCCAACAAUCUGGGCAUCGAGAAGGACCCGGAGCUGGGGGAGAUUGUCCAAAUAGCCAGCCACAGGAAGGUGGAAGUGGAAGUGGAAGCGGAAGCUGAAGCUGAAGUUGAAUCGGAGCCUGAUCCAGAAGCGGAAGCGGAGCCAGAAGCGAAAACUGAGGUGGAGCUGAAGCUGCUGAAGCGAGAUUCCGCAACAGAACCGGAGGCGGAAGCGGAACCCGAGGCAGAUGUGGAUGUGGAGGCAGAAGCAAAAUCUGCGCUGGAAGAUUCCUCGUACUCGAAUAGCUCCCUGAAGGCGGGUGCGCUGCGGCUGGACGAGAGCAGCGAGGAGCUGCGACCCACGGAUGACGCUGCCGUGAACGGGAAUGAUGGGCAGGAGGAUGGCCAUGCGGCGGAGGAGGAGGAGCAGAAGUCGGACGACUACGACGACUUUGAUCACGAGAUUAUGGAGGAGCUGGCCAAGGAGGGCGUAGUGGAUGCCAGUGGCAAUGCGCUGAGCCGUAAAGCCGACGCUGUCGCUGAUCCAGUGACUGAGAAUGAUGCUGCUAAUCCUGCUACUGCUGAUCCCGAGGGAUCAGUGGAGGGGGAGAAACUGCCGGCGGUGGCACAUGAAGAGCCGCCGCUGCCUGUGCCGACGGACGCGAAGGAGGAGGAGGAGAUUGCCCCCGAACUACGUGUCAUGGAGGUGGAGAAAUCCCCGACAAAAGCCCAGCAGCCAGCAGAUGCGGACACAGAGGUGCAAAUGGACGUGGAUGUGGAUAUGGAACCAGCAGCAGAGCCAGUGGAAGACUCUGAGCAAGAGAAACCACAGGAGGCGCUGCCGUUGAUGGCGGAUCACCUGGAGAACGAUUUUCCGGAGGAGAACAAGGAGAACCUGUCCAUGUCCAGCGCAUCCCCCAGGGGAUCCAGUCACGACGGUCUCGACAUUCAGCUGACCCUCAAGGACGAGGAGGACGAGGAGAAGCCCCUAGCGACCAUCAUGGCUAACGAGCCGAAGCCCAAUCCGGAUCCAGACGAUUCGCCAGCCUCUCAGAUCUGCCUAAAGGCCCUCAAGGACCACAAGGAGCAGUCCGAAGAGAAACCCCCGGCCCUGUCCCUGCCGCUGGAAUACACGCCCAGUACAGAAGCCAAUGGCCAGCAGGAGACGGGACUCUCGUGCGAUGAGAAAGAGCGGCGCGAUCAAGAGAUCCAUCUGCAUAAUCUCGGCCUCCUCACGCACCAGGCCGCCGAGCAGCGGCGCCAGGACUUGCAGGAGGCGCAGACGCGCCAGGCGCAGUACCAGCAACAGCAUCCGCAGCCCUAUCCGAGCGGCAAGCGACGCUCGACGGCCCUGACCGGAGCGGGAUCGAGUGCAGGAUUUGGAUCGGGAUCGGGAGGCACCGCCAUCCACGUCGAGUCAAGCGGAACACUGAAGACUGUCAUCAAGCUGAAUCGGAGCAGCAACGGGGGAGCCGGCGGUAGUGGCGGCGUGCCCACGGGGACUGUCAUCCACGGCAGCGGCUCCUCUGGCUCCUCGUCCUCCUCCUCGAUGGGCAGUGCCACGCGUAAGGCAAGCGCCGCCGGCAGUACAGGGUCAGGCAUAGGCUCUGGCGCCCACGGCGUACGCCGUCAAUCCCUCAAGAUGACAUUCCAAAAGGGUCGCGCCCGCGGCCAUGGAUCAGCGGAUCGCUCUGCGGACCAACAUGGCGUCCACGUCGAAGACUCGUACUACACCAUACAGAACGAGAACGAAGGUGCGACCAAGUCGAAUAUAGCGUCGGGUAAUCCUGGCCGAAAGACCAAUAACCGUUUCAGUUCGACUAACAACCACCACAACUCGACGGUAGCCAAGCACCUGGGUGCGCUCCAGCAUAGAUCUCUCCUGGAUUCAUCGCAAUCGGAGGGGCAUGGGGGUGGCCAUGGCAUGGACCAUGGCUUCUAUCAAAUGGUGAAGAAGGAUGAAAAGGAGAAGAUACUGAUACCAGAGAAGGCCUCUUCGUUCAAGUUCCAUCCCGGGCGGCUGUGCGAGGACCAGUGCUAUUAUUGCAGCGGCAAAUUCGGUCUGUACGACACGCCCUGCCAUGUGGGCCAGAUCAAGUCGGUGGAGCGACAGCAGAAGAUCCUAGCAAAUGAGGAGAAACUGACGGUGGACAACUGCCUGUGCGAUGCCUGCUUUCGGCACGUGGAUCGUCGUGCCAAUGCGGCGCCCUACAACAAGAAGCGACUGUCGGCGCCCGGCCAUCUGGAAACGGGUGGUCCUGGCGGCCCUGGGGGUUCCGCAUCCGGUUCCAAUUUAGACAAGAACUAUGCGGGCGAUGGAGUGGCCACAGACGGAACCGAACUGGGCCCAUCGACAUCAUCGGCGGGGGCCGCCGCUCAGCGCUCGUGCGCCGUGAAGGACUGCUGCGAGACGGCCGGCCAUCAGCUGCGGCGCAAGUGCAUCCGCAAGAGCGUUAAGAAGUUCCAGCUGAGCUUCGAGAUACCCGCCGGCACCUCGAUCGUCUGGCUGUGCGAGGCCCACUACAACACGUUCAUUCAGUUCACCGGCUGUGUCCUGUGCAAGCGGCGGCUGGGCAAGAAUCACAUGUACAACAUAACCACGGACACCGAUCGACUGGAGAAGGCGCUCACAGAAAUGGGCAUACCCGUCCAGCUGGGCAUGGGCACCGCCGUCUGCAAGCUCUGCCGCUACUUUGCCAACCUCCUGAUGAAGCCCCCCGACAGCACCAAGUCCCAGAAGGCCGAGUUUGUCAAGAACUAUCGCAAAAGACUUCUCAAGGUGCACAAUCUGCAGGAUGCCAGUAACGAGGUGUCCGAGGCGGAGGAUGAGGCGGUUGAUCGCAAUGCUCCAUCCGCUGCCUCCACAAGUGCAGCCGCCUCCACGCACGAGGACGCCGAGAUGCCGCUGGUGGUGGACUUUGACGGUCCCACGGACUCCAAUUCGAGCAGCUCCUCAAUCACGGCCAUCGGAGGAUCGGCAGCCGGCAGUAGCAAGCAGAUCUCCAAGCUGCAGGCCAUCCUGCAGCAGAAUCUGCCUGGCGAGAGUCUGGCCAGUGGCAGUGGCAGUGGCGCUGGCAGUGGCAGUGGCAGCGGCAGCUGCAGUGGAGGAGCUGCAAACGGAUCGGCGGGUUCGGCCAGUUCCAAUGCAGCGAAUCCGGACAUAUCGAAUGUGCUGCGCGGCAAUCCAAACAUCUCCAUGCGCGAGCUCUUCCACGGCGAGGAGGAGAUGGGCCUGCAGUUCAAGGUGCCGUUUGGGUGCAGCAGCAGCCAGCGAACGCCGGAGGGCUGGACGCGGGUGCAGACCUUUCUGCAGUACGACGAGCCGACGCGCCGCCUCUGGGAGGAGCUGCAGAAGCCGUACGGCAACCAGAGCUCCUUCCUGCGUCACCUCAUCCUGCUGGAGAAGUACUAUCGCAACGGGGACUUGGUCCUGGGUGCCCAAGCCUCCUCCAAUGCCACCGUCUACACGGAGACUGUGCGCCAGCGGCUGAACUCGUUCGAUCACGGCCACUCCUACGGGGGCAACCCAGCGGGAAAGCGGCCCACAGCAGUCGCCUCCCCGGGCUCAUCUUCGGCUUCAUUGCAGCCCACGCCCAUCGCCAACGCCAGCCAAUCUGCAGACCACACCGGGCAGGGAGAGCCCCUCAUUCCGCUGGUGGAGCUGAACGACGACGAUGAUGACGAGGACGGCGAGGGCCAGCGAUCCCCAAAGGAGGUCCUGAGCUCGCACUUGGAACGCCUCACCACCGUCUCGGUGGACAAGCUGACCAAGCAGCUCAGCUCGAAUGCGGUGACCAUCAUCGCCCGUCCCAAGGACAAGCCAGUGCCGCUGACCACCGCAUCCGGAGCCACAGGCACAGCCGCAGCCACAGUUACAGCCAAAACAGCCGCACUCGCCUCGUCGCCGGCAUCGAUCUCCUCAGCGUCGUCUGUGGCGUCGUCACCCGAGGAUGGGGGCACGGGCACCGGCACCCAGAGGACGGCAGCCUUGUGUCCUGCCCAGUUCAAGAAUGCCCCUCCCCUGGUGCCCACCAGCGGCGCCAACAGUCGGAGCAUCCUCAAGAGCAACCUCCUGGGGAUAAACAAGGCCGUGGAGAUUGUGUCGCUCUCCUUGUCGCUGCCCAUCUCUGCCAGCCUGCCCUCCGCCUCAUUGAUCGCCAAUCACUCUGGCACGACUGGCUCGAAGACCCCUGCUGCCGCCGUCUCGCACUCCGCCCAGGAGAAGCAGCACAAGAUCCUCGAUGUGGCCAAUAAGCUGCUUAGCAGUCAAAACGAGAGCAAGUCCCAGCAUCAGCAGCAGCAUCAGCAGCAGCACCUGCAGCAGCACCAGCAGGUGAGCGCCCGUCUGGGCGGUGGCCUCCACUCCAAGCUGAAGCCGACCACACAGCCGUUGAUUCUGCACCAGCAGCAGCAGCAGCAGGCAGCGGCAUCCGCAGCGUCCUCGAAGCCACCCGCCAAUGUGGCCCAGCUGCUGAACUCGCCGCCAGAGUUGAUUAGCCUGGCGCGAAGAAGGACGACCGGCGGGGGGCCCGCAUCUGGUGCGAUGCCUCCGGGUGGCGCCAAUCUGAUGGGCAAUCAUCUCAGCAGGCGGCUGCAGUUGCAGAAGCCCGGAACGGCUGGAUCGGCUGGCACGGCUGGCAUGGCUGGAACGGGAACGUCGGGAACAGGAGCUGGAGCUGUGCCAGGCAGUCGCGGGUUGCCGGCGCCGCCGAACGUGGUCAUACUGCCGGAAACACUGACCGCGCAGGAGCGGCACGAGUGCAAGAGCUGGAAGCCAACCCUGAUACCGCUGGAGGAUCAAAACCACGUACCCAGCAAGUCGCAGGCCCUGUACCAGACAGCCGAUGGCCGACGGCUGCCGGCCCUCGUCCAAGUGCAGUCCGGCGGCAAGCCCUACCUCAUCUCCAUCUUCGACUACAACCGCAUGUGCAUCCUGCGGCGGGAGAAGCUGCUCCGCGACCAGAUGCUCAAGUCCAAUGCCAAGCCGAAGCCCGGCCAGGCACAGUCGCAGUCCGGCCAGAAUCCAGCCACCUCGGCGGCCGCAUUCUCCAACAUUGUCAAGAUGGCCCAGCAGCAGCAGACCGCUCGCCAGCAGCUCCAACAGCUGCAGCAGCAGCAACAGCAACAGAAGCAGCAGCAGCAGCAGAUGCCAACACUCCAGCCGGGUGGAGGAGGCGGUGCGGGGCGACUGGCCCGCCUGGCACCCAAGCCCAUGCCGCCGCUGAACAUUCCGCAGAUAGCCAGCCAGGGCCAUCCCCAAUUGAACAUCAAUCCCAGUCUAGAGGGCACCGGCAGCGGCAGCAGCAACAGCUCCUGGCUGUGGAACAACUUCCCCGAUCCCAAGCAGUAUCUUCUGAAUGGCAACGGCGGAGGCGGCAAUGCAGGCCCCACCAGCAAGAUGCCCCACCUCACGCCCAAGCCCUCGACGGUUACCCUGAGCAGCGGCAGUAGCAGCAGCAGCCUCAAGACUGGCCCAGGCUCUGGUGCCGCCUUCACUCUGAAACAGCAGCAACAGCAGAUGCAGCAGCAGAAGCUGAUCGACAAUGCAAUAUCGAAGAUACCCAAGAGCCUGAUUGUCAUACCGCAGGGUGGUGGCGACUCAUCGAGCUCGUCCAAAGAGUGAUGGCGAGCACGUUGCCACGUUGUACGUUGAGAAGUUGUGCCACGUUGUGAGUUGUGAGAACUGAGUAAACAGCAUUCGGUCUGCACUCUGUCGACCGUCAGUCGAAAUCCCAUUCCGUAGGACUACGAUUAGUAGAGUCCAACAGAAUGGAAGUGGAAACUGAAUGCAGAGAACACAACAUAGAGAUGGAGAUGGAAAUCAGAAGAGAAAACCACAUCAGACGAGACGAGACGAGACGAGAGAAUAGAAGCUGAAGCAGAAGGAGGAAGAGGAGAGGAGAAGAAGGAGACGGAGAAAAUCAAGAUAGUGAUUAAGAAGAAAGAGUACAUAACAUUUUUUGUGUAUAAAACGAGAUAUACGGCUACGAAUAUGUCUAGACUUAAGUACAACUAAAUAAUUAGGCUGUUUGUUCGCGAACUGACGAAGUGCGAGAGUCUCGACUCGAGCUUCACUCCAGUCACAGCAACUGGUGCCAGCAACUGACACGAAUGCAGAUAGUGUUUAGGGCCCUAGAUAUAUGAAUAUAUAAACAAUACCUUUACCUAUUAUCUAUACUCUAAUCGACUCUAGGAUAUCCUAUAUUUUUUUAUUAGAUUUAACGAGCAGCACAUUCACUUGCGAUUCGUGUAUUAUAGAUACCAAAAUUGCUAGAGCGCCAAGUGGUUAGAGGUAGAAAAAGGUGGUACACACACACACACACACACACCCACACUCACACCCACACUCAAUUGUAAACACACACACACACACCCAAGCUAAUAUUUAAGAGUAUGAAAAAAAAAAUAUCAAUCUUAUGCGCUGCCCAAAUGGCGGCCUAAUCGUUAUCCCAAGCAGCGCUCCAGGGGCUCAACUAAUGGAAAAAUAACUUUGGGAAAAGAUUCUCGAAAUGGCCUGCCACUCGUGCCACUCGUGCCACUUGUAUUAAAUUCAAAGUGCAUUCAAAGAAAUAGUCUGCGUAUUGUGUAUAACGAUUGGCUCGUUGUUUGUGUGUGUAGGUAGAUUCCUAAUUUAUAUAAAUAUAUAUCGAUUUUUAAUUUCCAUUUACCACACUCAAACAAACACACACACACACAAACACAAUUUUAGAUUUUAAUGGUAAUUAUUACACGACUGUACAUAUACAUACAUAUACACAAAUACAUACAUAUAUACACAUAACAUGAGAAUGCUAAAAUACAUAAUACAAACAACAACAAAACAAAAAACAAAGAAAUCAACCACAAAACAAAAAAAAAACAAUCAAAUUGAUCCUCUGGUGUUGAUGAUGUUCCAUUCGAAGAAUUCUAGAGCUGUAGCUCCCUAAGAUACCCAAAAAUGAAGGAAAGGGCCUGUUGGGGAGAUCAAUCGAAUUAAUUUUCUCAUGUCUCAUGACAAAUUGAAAAGCUUUCAACAAAAAAAAAAAACGCAUACAAAUUUACUAAAAAAAAAAACCAACACACAAAUAAACAAAACGUAAAACAAUAUAUAGAAAAUAUAUAUAUGUGUGCAGGAAGAGAAGAGAUAUUUUAGAGAGUGCGGCGAGAAUACAAAUGUAAAUUAGCCUGUUAAGCAUUAGAGAUAUAUUUAUACACUAUGAGAAAUUCAAUUGUUGUUGUUGAACAUUGAAAAUGUACACGAGUAUUUAUAUAUAAAGCGAGCAAAGUCUAUUGAUAAUGAUAAACAAAACAAAACAAAAACAAACAAAAGAUCGACAAGAAACCAAGGAAACAAAGCCCUGCCCUGCCCCCUGUCCUGUGUACUGCCCUGCCAAUUGGAUGCAGCAACAGAAAUUAGAACGAAGUUCUAACACACAACACAACACAGCAGGACACAUCAGUCCAGGACUCACACUCAAUUGAUUGCCUUUAACGAACUUGGUUAUAUACAUACAUACAUACAUACAUACAUACAUAUAGAUUCUAUAAGAGCGUGUGUUGUUGGUGUGCCAGAAUGUAUGGGUGUUUUUUUGUGAGUGUAUAUGUUAUAUAUAUUGUACGUUGUAGCUGAUAAAAAUCAUAACCAAACACACACACAGACAGACAGACACAGAGAUGACAAUUGCAAACCUGCAUACACACAUACAUACAUACAUAUUUAUGCAAAUUAUUUUUAAACGCAAGCAAAACAAGAUCAACAAAAAUCGAGAAAUAAAACUCCUCCCAUGUCCAGCUAAGAAUGCCCAAAAUGCGUAUUUUUAUUCUUUCGAUCCUCCCCCUUCCACCCAACUGCAGGACACGUAUGCGUAUGGCCCAGAGACUGAUUGCUGAUUGAUCGUUGGUGGGGGGCAACAGAAAAAAUUGUUUAUCGAAACACCAAUAUCACCAAAUAAACGCUUUAUUCAUUCAUUUCCUCCUCUCUCUCAUCAUCGUUCUCUCGUAUUGUGCUCUCUGCA